AUGGCUUGGGCCUCCAGCUUUGAUGCAUUCUUUAAGAAUUUUAAGAGGGAAAACAAAAUCCUCUCUGAGGAAACCAUCACCUUGAUUAAAUCCCACAUUGAGGAAAAGAAACUCCAGGAAGCACUUUCUGUAAUUCAAAAUGCACUGAGAGACAUCGACAAUGCCCCCCUGAACAUUGCUGUGACAGGGGAGACAGGGACAGGGAAGUCCACAUUCAUCAAUGCCCUCAGGGGGGUGGGGCAGGAAGAAGAAGGUGCAGCUGCCACUGGGGUGACAGAGACAACCAUGGAGAUAAAGCAUUAUGACCACCCCAAGUUUCACCAGGUGAAAAUAUGGGAUCUGCCUGGCAUUGGGUCCACUAACUUCCCACCACAGGACUACCUAAGGGAAAUGAAGUUUGGUAAAUAUGACUUCUUUAUUAUCAUCUCUGCUACACGCUUCAAAGAAAAUGAUGCACAACUAGCCAAAGCCAUCAAAGAGAUGAAGAUGAAUUUCUACUUUGUCAGAACCAAGAUAGAUGUUGACUUAUAUAGUGAACAGAAGAGUAAACCUAAGACUUUCAAUAAGGAGAAUGUCCUGAUGAAAAUCCAAGACGACUGUUCAGAGAAACUCAAGGAGGUUCUCUCCAGUGAGCCUCGCAUCUUCUUAGUCUCUAGCUUUGAUGUGUCUGACUUUGACUUCCCAAAGCUGGAGACCACCCUAUUGGGUGAGCUCCCAGCCCACAAACGCCACAUCUUCAUGCUGUCCCUGCACAGUGUUACUGAGGAAACCAUUAACCUCAAGAGAGAUUCCCUGAAGCAGAAAGUCUAUCUAGAGGCCCUGAAGGCUGGAGCAUGGGCUUUCAUUCCAUUUGUUGGCAUGAUCAGGAGUGAGUUAGAGAAUCUGAAUGAAACAUUCAACCUCUACAGGUCUUACUUUGGGCUGGAUGAUGCCUCAUUGGAAAAGAUUGCUGAAAAUUAUAACUUGUCUGUGAAAGAACUCAAGUCGCUCCUUCGAUUUUACAAUUUGUUUACAGAAGACAACGAUGAGUCCUUAGAAGAAAGACUAAUGAAAUAUAUUAAUAUCUUUUCCUUGAUCUUUGGUGGACCAGGUGGUUCUAGGAUUUACUAUGAAAAGACUUACUAUUUGCAGAAUCUCUUUCUGGAUACUGCAGCAAAUGAUGCCAUAGCUCUUCUUAAAAAGGAAGCUCUUUUUGAAAAGAAGGUGGGACCAUAUAUAUCUAAGCCCCCCGAUUACUGGGAAUGAUAGGAA